UUCGGCCCGAAGAAUGGAAUAAUAUAAGGUCCGACAACGCUCUCAUAAAUCGCUCCUAUUUCACCCCCAUCUCGCAUUUUCAGUCUCGCAUGGCCGAUGGCUACUCCAUGAAUAGAAGAGUUGUCGCUCCACGGCUUCAUUUUGUUGAUCCUAGAACCCUAGUCGCAUCUUAUCCGCCCCUGCCGCCCGUCGGAUUUGUCGUUACCGCGCCGGUCGCGGGCUUCCAGAGGCCGUUCUUCCCUCGGAGAUUUUUUGCUCCUCGCGUGGUUUUGAAUCCUGCUUUUCUGAUUCAAAUGGAAGACGGGCGUGAUCAGUCUUUGCUUCAGUUUAUGGCGAGCGAAGGCCUGGUGCCGUCUCCGGAAGCGGAGGUGAAGAGGAAGGAAGUUGUUGAGGAGCUUAAAGAGAUAGUUUUGUCUUGGAUAAGAAAAGUUGCCUGGCAGCGCCGCCUUCCCAAGGAUAUAAUUGAUAAGACAAAUGCCACUAUUUUGGCGUAUGGCUCAUAUGGUCUCGGAGUCCAUGGUCCAGAAUCUGACAUUGAUGCUUUGUGCGUUGGUCCAUAUUUUGCUUCCAUGGAAGAUGAUUUCUUUAUUGUUUUGCAUGGAAUGCUUCAAAGCAUGCCUGAAAUAUCAGAACUACAUUGCGUCAAGACUGCAAAAGUUCCUUUAAUGAGAUUUAAAUUCCGUGGCUUUUCUAUUGAUUUUCCUUAUGCUCAACUACGAGUUGUAUCUGUUCCAGCUGAUGUGAACAUUUUUGAUCCUUGCUUAAUGAUACCCGAUGAAACGAGUCGGAGAAGCUUUUCUGGAGUGAGGGUUAAUACACGCAUCCGUCAAUUGGUGCCAAACUUGAAGCACUUUCAAGCAAUGUUGCGAUGCCUUAGGUUAUGGGCCAAAAGACGUGGUGUUUAUUCUCAUUUACUUGGAUUCUUCGGGGGGAUUCACCUUGCGAUGCUGGCCGCUUCUGUUUGCCAAAGAUAUCCUACUGCUAGUAUAAGUACUCUCAUUACAAUGUUCUUCGAUACAUUUUAUCAUUGGCCCUGGCCAAAACCAGUAAUUCUGCAAGACCCAUUGAUACCGUUCAAGGAACCUGACGAGCGCAGCUUUCUGCCCAUCUUGAUGCCUUGUAGUCCAUUUGAUUGGUGUAGCUCCAACAUAACAAGAAGUACAUUUAAGAAAAUUAUGUUAGAAUUUCAGCACGGUUAUGACAUCACAAAGGAUCAAUGGAGGCUAGAUUUCCAAUGGUGUCAUCUUUUUAACCAUUUCCCAUACUCUGAGCAUUAUCAGUAUUUUGUUAGGAUUUGCCUUUCUGCUCCAGAUGAGGAUGAACUGCAGGACUGGGUGGGCUGGAUUAAGUCUCGCUUUCGUGGCCUUCUUCUCAAGUUAGAGAGAGAGAAUGGAUAUUGUGACCCAAACCCCAAAGAAUAUGUAGACACUAACAUGGUUCAACCCAACAUUGUUUUCUUCUGGGGCUUAACCCGUCUGGGUCGCGGCUCCGCUGAUCUCAACUCUGUCAAGGAGGAAUUCAUGAGAACCAUCAGCAAAGAUGAUCACAGCGGGAGUAAAAAUACAAAUUGUAAAUUGGAAUUGUCCAUUCUACACGCCUCUCAGCUUCCCAAUGACGUUGAAAUUGAUUCUGGAAGUGAAAAAGGAACAAAAGCAUGCUGGAGAUUUAUGGAUUACUACAAUCAACACAGAAAACCUGCAUAUUCUCAAUACGUUCCCAAUUACUUUGUUGGUUAUGUUGCCUCAUGUGAUGAUUAUAGAAGCCCUAUUGGCUAAGAAGACAUGAACCUUGUUUUCUGCUGCUUUGCUCUCUCUUCUUCUUCUUCUUCU